CCCCAGUUAAAUUUCUACAACAAGCAAACAACGCUGUUUACAGGUGUUUCAUCAGUACCAGCAUGAAGGUUACUACUUUUGACAUCUUCUUCCAGGCAUUGAUGCUAAUAUUAGACAUUGAUGUGAUUCACAGUUUGACAGUUUCUAUGCGACAGCGGGUGGUGACCUACACUGCUACUUUGGAGUGUAUCUAUACGAAGGAAUACUUUGAGCAGUUCGGAAGUUUGGUAUGGAGCAGGAAGCAAAACAACGGAACGUAUGCUAUUCUUGCAUACGCGUGGAUCAAAAAUGGAGAGUAUCGUGCGAAGUUAGCCGAAGGAGGUGAAUACUUAAAGGAGAGGACGGCGGUCAGGUUCAUUCCGGGUGUGUUCUCCUUCACAUACACGGAUGUUAGGUGCGUGGAUGAAGCUACAUACACAUGUCGAGUGGAAUAUAGAGUAAAUAGUAUGGGGCGUUUAGCGUCGGAGGAAAUGUUUUAUCAAGUACAAGGCGUGUCAAAACCAGAGUCACCAUCACCACCACCAACAUCAUCAUCAUCACCAAACCUGUACCUAAUCGUAGGACUAGUGGUUGCGGGCAUAGACACAGUGGAUUUGAUAGUAGCAGUGAUCAUAUGUAUCAGGUCAAGAUCAAAAUCAAAAAGUACGACAUCUAAAGUGGAACACCCUAAAGUGGAAAACGCUAAAAAGAAAGACCAUGAAGAUUAUAAAGAGAAAGACCAUAAAGGGGAAGACUAUAAAGGGAAAGACCAUAAAGCCCAUAAAGACCGUGUAUGAAUGAAUAAGCCGAGGAACAAAAUACUAGUAGAUGUAUUGCUGGAGCACAAGGUAGAAAUGAUCCCCAUUUCAAACAGCACGGGAAGAGAGGCAGUCUGCAUGAAAACAUUAUGAUAUAUGUCAGUGACUAAUUAUCCCCAUUUCAAACAGCACGGGAAGAGAGGCAGUCUGCAUGAAAACAUUAUGAUAUAUGUCAGUGACUAAUUAUCCCCAUUACAAACAGCACGGGAAGAGAGGCAGUCUGCAUGAAAACAUUAUGAUAUAUGUCAGUGACUAAUUAUCCCCAUUUCAAACAGCACGGGAAGAGAGGCAGUCUGCAUGAAAACAUGAUAUAUGUCAAUGACUAAUUAUCCCCAUUUCAAACAGCACGGGAAGAGAGGCAGUCUGUAUGAAAACAUUGUGAUAUAUGUCAAUGACUAAUUAUCCCCAUUUCAAACAGCACGGGAAGAGAGGCAGUCUGCGGGAAAACAUUGUGAUAUAUGUCAGUGAUUAAUUAUCCCCAUUUCAAACAGCACGGGGAGAGAGGCAGUCUGCAUGAAAACAUUGUGAUAUGUGUCAAUGACUAAUUAUCCCCAUUUCAAACAGCACCGGAAGAGAGGCAUGGAAACAUUGUGAUAUAUGUUAAUGAUUGUAGAAGUGUCUUUACCUACCACAAAUUAACCUUUUUCUUUGAAAUCAUUUCAUUACUUGUAUUUCUUAUUGUUAUUGUUCAGUGUUUAUGAUGAAUAUGUUAUUGGUUGUAAAUCAUGUAGCAUGAAGUAUUGGAUUGAAUUAUUCUUGAGAUGUUUUGCACAGACUCGUCUUUAACAAUUGAAAUUCAGAAAAAUCAUUUCGAUAUUAGAUUAUAAUAUAUGUUACUAUGACAGAAAUAGUAACAACAGAGUGGCUGGGUCGGCGUGACUUGAAAUAUACACUGUAUGCACAGUCCUCUUAAAGGGACAGAUCCUAGUUUCAACCCGUGAAAAUUAACACUAAGUUUAGUUAAUCUACAAACCUACAACACAUUUGGAUAAAGUUACA